GCAGCGCUUCGCUCGCAGAAGGCGAAGCUUCGCAAUCUCCUCAACACGUGGCGAAUAGUGCGAGAGUCAUUCGUACCCGAUCGGCCUUCGGUGGAAUGUCAAGGUCACUGGGCUGCCACGUUGUCCUCACCACAUUGUCCCACCUGCCACGUUGUCUCUUCUACCCACUUCUCAACCAAAUGUGAAGAACGAAAAAAAGAUGCGCGAAGAGGAUAGACACGCGGAAGUGCUCAAACGUUACAACGGGGAAGGGAGAAAAAAAUGCCGGCACAAAAACGAGAGAGGGAGGAACCCCCCCUACUGCGUCAACUACGAUGUUCUUCUGAGGAAUUGCAAGCAGGAGGAACAUUAUAUAGACCUUAACUUGGAAAUUAAUUACAAUUUGGAGGAAUUAUUAGCUCAUAAGGAUAACAUGAAGAAAUGUUUGCACGUGCAUAGUGGGCCGAGCAAGCACACCCUGCAGAGGGAUGGGAGGAGUCCCCAUUAUGACGAUGCAAAUAGCCGCACUAGCGCAGCGGAUGGCAUUUCCCCCUUUUGUUACGACUCAGGGGGGGAGAAAAGAGGUGUGCAUGACCAUCCACACAGAAUGGAAAAACAAUUAUACCGAAGAAGGGACUAUACAGAUGAAGGCCACACAUCCGACUCAAGCAACAGCUACUGCUCGAACGUAACGGACAGUUCUACAAAGUAUGAAAGAACGAAUGGCAUGAAUUUUUCCCAACGCAUCUCCUAUGAGAGCACCAUUUUGGAGGACAAACUCAAUUUGUUUCACACUGGGUUAGCUCCAAAGGGGGUCCAAAAAAAUAGAAAAGGGGGGAGAAAUCAUGCUGGGUGUUCUCCCUGGGGUGCCAAAGGUGGGGACAGCCCAAAUGUAGACCACUCCUACGCCCGGACUGAGCUGAGUUAUGAACACACGGAGUGCGGUCCCUCCCGUAUGAAAGAAAGCUCCAAAGGGACGCCCCCCCCGAUGAACCUGGACGGACAUAAAUUGACCAACUUAACAUUUCACAAAAAGAAUGCCAACUUGGCUAGCCAAAAAGUAGAAGAAGAAAUCCUCAACAAAUAUGAAAAAAUAAUAAAAAUUAUGAAGUACCUUAGAAGAAUAAAAAAUAAGUACCCUGAAAUAGAGACUACCGUUUCGAUACUUUCCACUCAUAUUAAAAAUGUCACUUUCAAUUGCGAGAAGAUGUUCUAUUCCAGACAGGAGCUGAAUGACUUUCUGAAAAAAAUUUACAUUUACCAGAUUUACCUCCUCAAAAAAGUCGUUUUUAAAAACCCGAGGGACGGAAGCAGUGGCGACUCCUUCAGAGACUAUUCGGAAGUCCCCGAAAGCAGCAACAGGAAUGCCCACUUCAUGAUCCAGCGCUUGCGAGAAAACAGACCUGUAAAGUAUGCAGAGGGGAUGCCACACGAAAAUGUGGACGAUGAAGAAUGGGCUAAUUUUAGCAGCGUGAGGAAACACGAAGGAAGGGCACGUAGCCAUUUAGGCAAAGAGACACAAAGAAUGGGCGGCGCAAAGAAGGAAAAGCAAAUGGACACCAGCUUUACUGAAGGUGCCGGAAGUGACAUGUGCAAAAAGGGAAAGGGAAAAAAUAGGGGUAAAUAUAAAAGCAGUAAAUCAUUUAGGGGGCAGGAAGAUGAUCCGCUGGGGAGUGAAACUAACUCGACGCACUGUUUCACCAAUCUGUAUGGAGAUGAUGAAGAGAAGACGUCUGCCUACUACGCUAACCUGAGGCACACAUAUAGGGAAGCCCUGAAAAACCAUAUGCACACAAGUGGGGGAAAUUUCCAAAGCGGAAAAAGUAAAAAACAAAGUGGAGGAAAAAAGGAGCACAUCCUACAUGAAGAUUCGUUGGGCCAUGAAAGUGGCCAUGGGAAGGGCGAAAAAAAAUACAUGUUCGAUGAUGCAGAUGUGCCGCCUGAACAGGAGCCCGUAAGAGAAGAGACAAACAAACAACCACCAGGAUGGGGGAAUAAACGGGACGUCCCAUUUAACACACAUUCGGUAGAAUACGAGUCGAAAAAAGGCCACUCGGGGAAACUUCAUAAGUGUAUCCCCAAAGAGGGGGCAAACAGCAGAGAGUACAGGGGGAGAAGCACCUUAAGUGACGCCUUAAAAAACGAUUACUUAAACGUGGUAGAUGUGGAGAAGUAUGGGCCAUCCCUUAACGCGCUUAAUUUAGCAAGGGGGGAAACGCCCCCGCGGAGAAGCCCAUCGAAAGGGGAAACGGGCAGAAAGGAUCCCCCGGGAAAGGAGAAAAACAACCAGAAGACGCUGGUACUCUUUUAUGAUAUAAAUAAAGAGCUAAGUGCCAUCUCGAACAGGGACUCCGUCAUACACGCGCUGAAGCAUGCGCUGCUAAACAAGCCCUACAACUUCAGCGCCCUGCAAAACUUCCUAUUCAAAAUAGACGUCGAGCUGGUGGAGUACAAAAACUUCAUCCUGCUGCUAACUCGGAACAUAAAGAAGCCGCACCUGGAAGCCCUCUAUGGCUUGAACGAUUUUUCGGUGUUUGAAAAGGUAAGCAAGUUAGAAGUGUACGGGAAGAAGGUGGCGCCCCGAUUUUUGGUCUCCAAGAAGGUUAAAACUUUUUACAAGUAUGAUACGUUUUACCGAAGAUUUAAGGAACUCACAAAUGUGCGCGAUUUCAGCGGGAUAACUGACGCAGUGGAGUUAAUUUAG